AGCUGAAAUGUCUGCGAAAAUACUCCUCAACUGCCUUAUUAUUAUCAUGUCUCUGCAGUGUUCCUUAGCUUUUUGGUGGUAUUUGGGCGAGAAGAAUGCCCCGAGUGACUGCCACGAUGAAAAGAAAUUGAAACUCACCUCAGACCAAAAGAGGGAGUGUGGAGAGAAGAAGUUUAUCAAGGCACUGGGUCGAGGUCUGAAUCGGGGUAUCCAGCAGUGCGGGGAGGAGUUCUCUAAAAAGCGCUGGAAUUGUCACACCAGCAAGGAGUAUCCUAACUUAUUCGGAAACAUUGUCAAUAAAGAUCUGAGUGAGACUGGGUUUAUCUACGCCUUGAUGUCUGCUAGCGCGAUGGUGGGCGUAGUGGACGCCUGUUCUGAUGGUGAUAUCUACAUGUGUGGGUGUAGGGAGAUGAAUGAUGUGCCGGAUCCGCAGCCAGACUGGACUUGGGGCGGCUGUUCUGAUGCAGUCGACAAUGUUGUUAUAGACAAAACAAAGAGGUUUGUAGACAGCCCGCACCAAGCCAACUCCAUGCCAGACAGAAUAAAGCGGCACAACAACCGAGCAGGGACCCUGGCUGUGCGAGAUAACAUGGAGACGAUAUGUAAGUGUCAGGGACUCUCCGGUUCGUGUACCGUAAAAACCUGUUACCAGAGGAUACCGACCAUGACAACCAUAGGUGCUAACUUGGUAACCAAGUACAAGUACGCCACUAGAGUGCUGGACACUAGACGUGAUGACACGUGGGUACUGUACGAUCUACACGGAAUACAGCCGCGCCAGAGUGAGCUUAUUUACAUGGAGUCCACCAACCCGGAUCAGUUUUGUUUACCGAAUGAAGCAGUCGGCAGUAUCGGCACUCAGGGACGCAUUUGCAGCGUCACAUCCCUGGAGUCAGACGCGUGCAACAAUUUGUGUUGCGACCGCUCUUACCUAGACUCCCAGAAAGACGUGAACUAUGACUGUAAAUGCAAAUUCGUAUACGACAGUCUAGCAAUGAGGUGUGAGCGGUGUCGGAAGACUGUUGUAGAAACAAGAUGUACGUAAAAUUAGUCUCAGCUCGUUCCAGCGAGCUUAUCACUUCUGUUUCUUAUUGUUGGAGUUACUUGUUACUAGUUAUUUGCGCCUCUGUGUGCCCUAGCGGCCUCUAAGCAUUGCUCUCAUGAAGUUCAAUCCGCAGUGCAUUCUCAGCCUCAAGUUCCAGAACUUUUGAACCUGUUUAUGUGGUUCGAUUGAAAAACGAACAAAGAAUUAAAGACUCAGAAUUAUAUUAACCGAUGUUUUUAUAUAUUUUACUAAAUUGUGUGCGAUAACUGAUGGACAAAGAGUGAAUUGUGUUAAACCUCAGUUCAGCUAGUCGUGCUGUGAGACAACAUUUUUUAUUUCACCCGCCCUACUUGCUCUGGCUCUUGCUGUUUUCUGCAAAGCUAAUCCUGGGCCCAAGAGGGACCUAAUCAAGUUGACUAAUGUGGCAAAGUGCCAAUGCCCCAUAAAUUGAGCAGACACUUUUUAUGUUUUCAGUUGUUAAACCGGGAAAGCUUGUCACAUUUGUUUCUUCAAUGCAUUGAAUCCUCAAGUGUGCUCUGUGUUAGCAUGCAUUUUGCAGCACUUCUAGAUUUUAUGGGAUUUUUAACGGACGUUACAGAAUAUAGAGGGUGUGAUGGCCGAGGAUCCAACAGUUUUAGAAAAGUGUCUCAGUAAAACCCGAAAUAACCCCCUGAUAUUAAUAUAUCUGUUUCUGUUUCCAAAGGGGCACUCACGGGGCAGCCUUGCUUAGUUGUGCAGGAUACGCGCCAGUAAUUUUAUUUCCCUUCUGCGGUAGGUUAUUGAAUGGGGAAACCGCCGAUCAUAUGACCGAGACGGGGUGUUUUAUUGGGCUAUCGUUAUUGAGGGAGGAAUACACUGGUGGCUGGAAAGGAGCUGGCUUUUUGAUAGGCUGGGAAACGUCCGUUAAAACGUCUGACAGAUUGCCCCGUGAGAAUUAUAGGGUUAGAGUUAGCUUGUGAAAUGAUUUCCCUCAUCGACAGAUAUGCUGAUAAUGAUAUGGAGGCGAUCUUUAGCGCCAACACCAGAGAUGUGAAUGACUAAAUGACAUAUUUGUACCAAUUGAGUACACAUUUUUCUCUUCGAAAUUGUCGAUCGGUUAUCAUUUCCCGCUCAGAACUGUUUAUGUAAUUGUUAUUAGAAUUUUGAUGAGAAUUUUUAUCAUUAUUAUAGCUGGCAGCAAAACGCCUGAAAUCUGACAUAAAUGGAUAUUGAUGGAGCGGAAUAAUCAUAAUUAGAUAUUGUCUGGAAUUAGAUAUUGUCUGGAUUAGAUAUUGUCUGGAUUAGAUAUUGUCUGGAAUUUUGACGCUUUACAGAAUGUAGAUACAGUGAAACGAUUUGCUGAUGUAAGAUAGGUAUUUUCUUGACUAGGAGUCUUACUCCUUAUAAAAAUACAACAGAUUUUUAUAUGUUUCUCUCCAAUAUUGAUAUCUGAAAGGUACCCUAAAGUUAUGAUUAUUUGAAUUACUAAGAUUAUGAUCUCAGAUUUUAAUCCCGCGGAUUCAAAGUUUCGCUAUUCAUCUAGGCAGUGCUUUAAUUUUUAUUAUAUUUGAUGGUUAAUAUUAUAUUAUUAAUAAUAAUAAUGCGGCAUUACUCCGUUGUGAUGCUGUUUAGAAAUUGAAAUAAUAUCGGCAUUUUAGUGGCUGAAACUGAGCACGAAUUGCAUUUUGAUAUGAACCGAUCUUACGUUGUAAUUACACCGAUUUGUAACUUUGAUAUUUGAAAUUAAACGUUUAUGGAUAUUAUACAUUUAUAUUACAUUUCAAAUAUUUGAACCAAACUUUACGCUGCUGAACACCAUUGUUACUGUAUACCAAGAUAUCAAUUUCCACUCUGU